AUGACCGAGAUGUCAGAGCAAGCCAAACUCGACCAAUUUAUAUCACAAAAACCACAGCAAAAAUACAAAUUCGAUGGAAAGCUGGAGAGUGAUAACGUGUUAGUCUGUAGAAGUGAUAACGAUUGUAUAGAAUUGGAGAUUAAACGGAAUAAUAUGAUUAAUAUGAUGAAUGUACUUGAAUCAAUCUAUGCAGAUGAACUAACUGUUUUAUCUGAUAAUAAACUAUCAAUUAAAUUAGACUCAGAGGAAGUUGAAGGUGAAGAUACUAUUUCAACUAAUUUGUCAGUCAAUUAUACUCCAAAAUAUCCAGAUGAAUUGCCAGAGUUUGAAAUUGAUGUUUUGGAAGGUGAUUUGGGUGAUGAAGAUGUUCAAAAUUUGCACAAUGACUUAGUUGAUUUGGGUAAUGAGAGCUUAGGGAUGCCAUUAGUAUUUACGUUAUCUUCAACGCUUAAAGAUAGUUUAUCAGAUCUACUUCUCAAUAGAUUAAAAUCAAAGCAACAAGUUGAAUCUGAUAAGAAGCAAGCAGAGAUUGAAGCCGAGUUGGAGAGAACAAGAGGUACUCAAUUAACAAUACAAAACUUUAAUGAGUGGAGGAUUAACUUUAUAAAGGAAAGGAACGCCAAGCUAGAGGAGGCUGAGGAAGCCCAGCUUCAAAAGCUUAAUAACAAAGAUAGAGAGGAAUUGAAGAGAUGGAAUACAAGGAAAUCUGGUAAACAACUAUUUGAGAAGGAUACAACGCUAGCAAAUAGCGAUUCAAAUCUCAUAAACGUGAAUGACAAAGUGGUUGAUAAGAGGGAGUAUCAAGGUGUUGAAGGAGAUGACGAUGGUGAGCAACUCGUCCAGUUCAGUGAUGGGGAAUAG